CGCCCGAGAACAGACUAAAGCAGAUAUAUUGCGAGUUUAAGGGGAUUUUACACAAUUAUGAGCGGGUUACCCCGUGAAAUAUUGAAAUGGAUACAAAGCUUGGACCUCUCACAUCCCGUAAGAAAUACUAGAAGAGAUUUCUCAAAUGGAUAUCUCGUAGCAGAGAUUUUCUCUUGGUAUUUUCCACAAGAAAUUGAGAUGCACUCCUACGAUAAUGGCACAUCCCUGCCUUGUAGACAAGGGAAUUGGUCUCAACUACAAAGGUUUUUUCAACGUCAUGAAUUUGACAUUCCUAAAGAGGUAAUAGAGGGAACAAUUCAUUGCAAGCCUAAUGCCGCAGCUUUGUUAAUGGAGAAGAUAUACUUCCUGUUGACAAACAGAAAAAUCAAGAGUGCACCAGUAGAAGAUGAAUAUAACUUUACUGAUAGCAACUACCAAGAACAGCUUCCAGCUCAUGCAAGAUCUACAGCUUCAAUGGCCAUCAAAAAUAAUAUUGCAAAUACAGAGUUGUCAACUGAUCCAGAUCGUAUUCUCUGUCAACAAAAGGCCCAAGCUAUAAUUAAUGAUCACUUGGAGCAUAGAAGACAGGAAAGAGUUGAAGAUCCCCGUCGUUUUGGUAUUCGCCCAACACUUGGUCAGCGGUGUCCAAGGAAAGUUCCCCCAUCAAACUACAAUGAAUCGCUACAAAGACCCCAAAGGCAUACAAAAGGACACAAAAUAGAGGGCAAACCUGAUGAAAAUCAACCAGCAAAAUACACAGAAAUACAAGUAAACCAAGUGACAGACACAAGUGAAGGAUUUCUUCCUCCAAUACAAACUACUGGAAUGUACUCAAUGGUGCACUGAGGAUGGCAAUCAUGAAAACAAAAAAAAUUUAUCAGAAAUCCCAGCCUAUAAAUAUUCUUUGAUGAGACAGUCCCAUCAUUAACAAGCUUUUAAUAGCCUAUUCAUUCAAUUUUCAGUAACACACAUGUUAAAAGUUGUUUCUCUUUAGGUUCUUCAACCUUUUCUCCGCUAAGAUCUAAAUAUCUCCGACAUACAUUUCAUAAUUCAGCUCUGAGGAUUGUGAAAAACUAGUGUAAUACUUUCCUUUCUUCUUGUCACCUUUCUGCUUGACAACGUAGUGCUAUGUAAGGGAGAAAGUAGUCAUUCACAACAUUGUUUUGGAGAAAAAGAUUGGUUCUUGAUGUCACAGAUGAAGUCCUUUCAAUUGAUAACUCCAGCGUUGCUCAGUAAAUUUUGAUACCUGAUUUACCUUUCAAUCAAAUGCAUUCCAAUACUCAAUUUGUUCAAGAAAACAUCAGAUAAAGAUUAAGAGUGGCAUUCUUUUUUCUAAUUUUCAAUUUCAUUGUGUCAAGGCAAAUUUUUAUUUAGAUAUCUGAUAUGUUGUGUUGUAAAUAAACCUUGCUAUGUUUAAGUGUUUAAACUUGACUUAUCUUUAGUGUGUGGACAAGCAGUCCUCAUGUUUACGUGUCAGUAAUUGUCAGUUUGAAAUUGUGUGCUACAGGAUAUUUGUCAAGACAAAAAUUAAGACAAUAUUGACUCUCAUUUUAUUGAUAUUCAAAGGAAUAUACACUGAAGCUGAGUUAUACCAAAGAUAAAAAUCCUUACAUUUUUUUUUGUACAAAAAUAACCAAAAAAAUAAUAAUGGCUGACAUAUAUCUAUAUUUCUGUCUUAAAAAAAAACAAAUACUUACGAAUAACUCAUUAUCAAUUUAAAGCUCUGUAAAUCUGUAUGCCAUCAUGACUAGUGUUAACCAAUCCUAGAUAAUUAUAUUGAACUAACCAUAGAGACUUUGGGAUGCCUUCUCUUUGCGUAAUUUUUCAUGGCUGUUUUACUGUUGGUCAUAUCCCAUACAAAUCCUAAAGCUUUAACAUGACACUGAGGACCAGAUUCAUGAUUUGACGUCAGUUUUCAUUGACUAUAGUUACCAAAUCACUAACUCCUUAUUGACCACUUCAAAAUUCAAUUAUGUAAAAAAUUAGUUGUCCUUUAUGAGAAAAAAAGAACAAACUAGAAAGUUGGUUAACGUUUACACGUAGAAAACAUUGUUAAUUGUAAUCAAAACGUAAUGGCAACAUUUUCAAAACAAUACAAAAAUACAUUCUUUAUCGCAAUACAAAGUAAAAUGAUGACAUGACUAAGAGGUCUUAACAGCAAACCCUGCUCUCAUGAUCAUGACUGUAAGUGCUACUUCUGUUAAAUUUGGCAAGUCUACAAACAGGAUGAAGAGUACGAAAUUUUGAACAAUUUUUACCACGAGUGAAGAUUACUGUUACAAACGUUUAUAUCAGAAAGUUGGUUUACUAGGGAAUGAAAGUUUCAAAUGUUUUCAAACUUACCCGGGUUAUAACGUUUACGUGAAAAAAAAAAUGAAUGAAAAAACGAAAUUCUUUAUCAGAUACAAGCACGAACAGUCAAGAUCUGCGUGGAACGCGUUUGACGCGACUUUAGCGUGGAUCACUUUAAAACUUGCAAGGCUUAAGUUGCACGUGACCACGCGAAGCUUGCGUGGAUCCUAACUACUGACACGGGUUUGCUUGGUUUCGCGUGAUUAACGCUCCAUUCCGCGUUCUCCUCGAGUUUCACGCUCCCCUAUGACAAGCAUAUUGCUUGUUCCUCAAUUUCCUUCGAAACAAUCUAGGAAUGCAACGCGUACAAAAUUUCAAUUCUAAUUUUAACCUCUUACGAGUUUAUUAAACUCGUUUUUUCUGAUGCAUCCUAACUAAUGUAUGAACAGGUAGAACCCAUUUCUAAUAAACUUUGAUAUUUACUUUCAAUUAUUUUCAUUUUCUGAUCACGAAUGUGUUACCGUUUAUCAUCCUUACAAAUUAUCGUCACU